CCAUUUUGGCUCAAGUGUUGGCUCAAGCAUUGCUCUCUCACUCCCUGGUGAAGACGACCCCUGGACCUUGCUCAAGUGCCGCGGAGAUGGUGGUGGCAUCGGCCCUGCUGCUCCUCCUCUGUGCCCCGCGCGCGGAAGCCCAGUCGCUACCACACCUGCGCAUCGCCGGCUCGUCCACGGUGAAGCCCGUGGCGGAGCAGUGGCAGAAUGCGCUGCUCCUGAACUACUCGAUCACGCUCGAGGGGGGCGGCUCGAGCACGGGGGCGCGGCGCGUGUGUCUGCCACCGAGCGACCCGGAGCACGUGGACAUCGGCGACAUGUCUCGCGAGUGGAAGACCUCCGAAGCGCAGCUGCUGGACGACGGGUACACGUACGAGUGCCUCGAGAGCGGCAACCGCGUCACGCAGAUCAUGGUGGCCAUCGACGGCCUGGCAGUGGCCGUCAAGAGGGACAGCGCGGCUCACGCGUGCAUCGAGGCCAUCGGGGGCCUGACGCUCGCACAGCUGCGCUGGGUCUUCUCCGACUGGAGCGAUGCCGAGCUGGAGGCGGACGGCGUCUCCAUCGAGUCGUGCGUGCCCAACAUGGACGACGACGCUGUCAAGGAGUGGAGCGACCUGGACGCCAGGUGCGAGGAGACGCCGAUCAACCCCUACGGCGCCGGCGACCAGUCUGGCACCCACGACUUCUUCGGGGAGACGGUCCUGGGCGACUUCGGGGGGGCAGAGGGCUUCCCGGACUGCGACGCCGACGAUAUGCAUUAUCUUGAAGGUCUCGACGAGGAUGCUGCGGACCUCUACAUUCAGUCUCAGCGGACUCCGAAUUGCGUCAUGCCCUCGGAGGAUGACCAUCUCCUGCUGCAGUGGCUGCUCGCAGACACAGGGGGCAUCGCAUAUUUCGGGUACGCUUACUUCGCCCAGUUCACCGACACGGUCGCUGCCAUUGCGAUCGCGAAGGACACGGAAUUGGGGGUGUUAGACACGCUCUUGGCCAAAAUUGUACCCGAUAGCGAGAGCAUCGUCGACGGCUCCUACUCGGCGUUCAAGCGCGAUUUGUACAUGAACGUGUAUAACAACGCAUGGAACAUAUCUGGGAAGUUCUUAGAGUUCGGCUUCAGCGACGCUGGACAGGAACUCGUCGAGGAAACAGGGUACGUGAAGGUGAACAGGGACCAGCACGCCGAUAUGAGUGUCCGCAUUGGUAAAGGCGUGAUGACUGGAGGGAACCUGGAGGCGGACUAUGUGCCGGUACCUCCCGACAGCUGCCCUGUUGGGUCGGGCCUGAUCUCAUGGGAGUUCACCAACGAAUUCGGGAACGACAAGAUCGGCUACGCAUGCGAAAGCUGCGCGGCCGGCACGGUGAAGAACAACGACGAGUCCAGUCCUUGCGAUCCUUGCCCUCCCGGUUUCUUCACCAACGAGACGGGCCAGACGACAUGCGAGCCGUGCCCCCAGGGCACCGCCGCCACAGAGCAUGGCUCGAGCAACUGCUCCAUGUGCUCCCUGAACGAGCACCAGCCGCUGCCCGGGCAGGGGAGCUGCCUGGCCUGCAGCACUGGGCGCUUCACGGAGCUCUCCGGGCAGUCCACCUGCAUAUCGUGUGCGCUGGGCACCUACAUGCUCCCGGGCGGCAACUACACCUGCGAGGCGUGCCCCGCGGGCAUGACCACCAUCUAUAGGGCGGCCACGGCCAAGGAGAGCUGCAAGUGCGCCGAGGGGACCUACCUGGCGGAGGGCGGCGGCCUGGACGGCCCGUGCGUCGACUGCCCAGACGGCAUGCAGUGCGCGUUCGGGAGCACCUUCUCGAACUUCUUCGCCAUCGACGGCAGCAUGAAAACGGCUGCAGAUGACGAUCAGCCUUUCCCGAUGGUCGAGGAGGGCUACAUGACCCGGACAGACGAUCUGCUGAGGGUGUUCAAGUGCAAGACCAAGAGCCAUUGCCCAGGUGGCCUGCCCGCUACCUGCGCACGGGGGCGUGACAGCGGCGAGGUCGCCUGCGCAAGGUGCGAGGACUACACGUACGAGGAGGGUGAGGAGUGCCACCCUUGUAAAGCGAACGCUACGUGGCUUGUUCUGUUGGCAUGCUUCGCUGCCGUCGUGGCAGUCUGUGUUGGAACCAUAUCCGUUAACCGUAAUCUGCUGAUGCAGACGAGCUCGACUUUGAUGUGUGUCAUCAUGGCUAGCCAGAUGUUCCUCGGCCUCCAGACGUUUUCGGUCUUCACUUUUUUCAGCCUGGAGUGGUUCGAACCGUUGCGGGGCAUGCUCAAAAUCAUGUCCUUAAUAAGCUUUGAUCUCGAAAUUCUGCGCAUAUCUUGUUCAAUGGGCUCCAAUCCCACGUCGAAUUACGCACUUCGGCAAUUUGUUGCUCCGCUCGCGGUCCCGUGGAUCUGCUUGACCGUGCUGGUCAAGAAACAGUUCGAUCCCCAAGCGAUGCACUUCAGGGAGGCUGUCAACACCAUCGGCACAGUGUUUCAGGUAUUCUUCAUCUCGAUCGUGCUCUCAGCAACGGCCCCCCUGGUGUUUUACGACCACCCGAACGACGCUGGCAGUUCGCUCGUGAGCGAUCCGGCCGUCCUCUACUUCGAGAGCGACGAGCACUAUUCGAUGCUAGCGGUUGGCAUUCUCGCCAUGGUCAUGGUACCCUUGCCAUUCCUGUCUUUCGUGCUCUACGGCACUCUGAAGUACCCUAACUAUGCGGUCACGGUGGGCGCCGAUACCAACUUCUUUGGGUUCGCCUCCUUCCGUUUCUUGUUCUUUCGCUUCAAGCCGUCUCGCUACUACUACGGCUUGAUCAUGCUCGUGCGGAACUUGCUCCUCUGCCUCGUGCCCGUCAUUAUCGAGUCGGACGUCGCCGCUCAGGUCAUCUGCACGUCCGUCCUCAUCCUGGCCACCAUGGUGUUGCAGGUGGAGCUCGCCCCCUGGAAGCUGGCGGCGGCAAACUACGCCGACGCGGCCUGCAGCUCCACGCUGCUGAUGGUCCUCAUCUGUGGAGCGAUGGCGGCGAACGUGGACGUCCAGAACUCCUCGAUCCCGGCCUUUGCCUCCGUGCUCGUCGGUUUCUUCUUCGCCGUGGGAGCUGUCCUCGUCGCGGCCUCGGCGUUUUACUACUUCAAGCCCUUUCCCACGUAUGCCUUCUUCAUCUGUCAUCACCGAGAGGGCGCCCAGGCGCAGGCGCGGCUGCUGAAGAUGAUACUGACGUCCAAGACAGGCCAGCCGGUUCUCACCGACACGGAUGACCUCAUGCAAUUGGAUUCGUUGUUCGACACAGUCAAGACGCAGGUUCACCAUUUGGUGGUCUACUUGACGAGGGACACUCUGAGCAGGCCGUGGUGCGCUGGCGAGAUCGUCACUGCACUCAUGUGGCGCAGGCGGGUCACUGCGGUGGUCACGGACAGCUUCGUGCCGCCGAACGAGGUUGACUAUGCGGACAUGGCCAAGUACCUGGACUUGAGCAGUUGCUCCCUGAACGCCUUCGGCAUCACGACCGACAGUGUGGCCACUGCGUACCGCAGCCUCAUGAGCGACGACGUUCAAAAAGUCCACAUGCGCAGUGGCGUGAAGGGCAUGGCCCGCUUCGAGGAGGUUACCAACUUCCUCAGCGACUGCCAGGAGGUGAGUGCCGCGUCGAAUGAGACAGAGGCCAAGGCCAGCGCCGAGGCCCUCCCCAGGGAGCCCAGGGCGGUCUUGAUCUCCUCCGAGCCCGGCAACGACGAGGCCCUGGCCGCCGCCCUCAUCCUGCUGCAGAAGAUCCAGCCCCAGCUGAAGGGCCUCGUCCCCGAGGGGGUACGGGUCAUCGACGAGUACGCCAGGGACGAGGGCGCGAUUGUCAAUGCCGUCGCAGCCGCGCGCGCGCUGCUGGUCCUGCUCUCCCCAGGAACGUUGGCAGCCUCCGAGCAGAUCACGGCGAUCGAGCAGAUCAUGCUGUCGAUCGAGAAGGCCGGGAAUGAGGGCGUGCCACCUCCCGCCGCGGUCUCCGUAGCCUUGUCCUGGGGGUUCCAGGUCCCCUCCGACGAGUACUACAACGAGAAGAUCCGCAGGGUGACCCAGGGGGGGCAGAAGUCAGCGGCGCUGAUCCGCUCGUUCUUCCAGCAGGGCGCGGUGCAGUUCUCCGUCGGCGCCUCUGAGCAGAUCCUCGAGGCGCAGGUCUCGGAGCUGGUGCUCCGCGUCUCCCGCGCCGAGGCGCAGGAGGGCCCCAAGGAGCAGGCGGAGCACGGCACGGAGGGCGAGCACAGUGCGCAGGGCCAGGGCGGCGGGACCGCCGCGGGCGGCGAGGACGAGCCAGCCGACGACGCGCCGCAGAAGGCGGGCCCCCCUGCGGGCCCUCAGCAGGAGGCGGGUCAGGGCGGCGACGACAAUGCUUCGCUCCAGGUGUAGCGUUGACUCGAAGCCGAAGCUCGGUGCCCUGCGAGGAGGCCCGAAGAAGAGGAGAGAGAGAGAGAGAGAAAGAAAGAAAGAAAGAACGCUGGUGAGCACAGACUUUUUUUGUCGCUCCGUGCGGAUUCCUCGGAUCCGCGCUGGGCACCUUUUUUCCCUGGAGCGCUCCGCGCGCCAGGGAGGGCGCUGGAGGCCCCCUGCAACCGAGGCCAUGUCGGCCGACCCAAUGCGUGCCGAUGCAUGCUGGAUGCGGGCCCUUCAGCUUGUUGUGCCGAACCUUGGCACGCAGCCAUUAUUGAACGUUGCGGCUGGGUGUGGAACGACCUACCACAUGUGUCGAGCCUGCUACACUGACAUACGCUUCGUAUGCCCCUACCUGGACGGGCAGAUCGAGGCAGCGUUCAUGGCCAUGUCCUCCCAAGCGGUUCCCGACAUAUCUGGGUUGCGCGCAUUCUCUUUUGUUUCUUCCCCGGCGUGACCCGGCAUAUCCGGGCAGCGCACAUCUACAUCUCCUCCCAAGCGUGACCCGGCAGAUCCGGGCAGCGCACCAGCGCGCUCUCUUAUGCAUCAUGCCCGAGUGCAUUCUGAAUGUGGCAGGCACGUGGGUUGCCAACAGUCACCCGAUACAGCAACGCUCGCCGCAAAGUUUGGAUUGCAGCGACUUGUUUCCCAUUGUGAGCCUGCAUCAGGCAGUCCCGCCAUGUCGGUGCCUGCUCUGCCUUGUUCCCGAUGGCCUGCGUCUGUGCGUUUGGCAACCUCAACAUUCAUUCCGCCUUCUGCUACUCGGCUUGUUCCAUCUCGCUCGAUCCCACCGUGUGCCACUCGAAUUGUUUCACAUGUGUGCAUGAUCACGCAGCGUUGCAUUUCAGUUGGGCAGUGUUUUUCCAUGCCUCGCUCCAGGGCGGGAUCUGACCUCAGCCUGGGAAGGUUGUGCACUCUGCUACCGUGAAGUCUACCCAUAACGCAGCCAAGCGAAUCCACACCGUGAGGUGUGCUCUCUGGCAUCCGUGAAGUGAAGUGCAGAUUCUUGCUCCCGCUCCUCCCUCCUCUCCUCUUCUGUUUCGUCCCCUUCAUCCUUCUCCUCCUCUCUCUUCACCCUCUGCCCUUCUCGUGAAUUCAGGCUGGCCAGGCUCCUGCACAGCUGCUUUCUACGGGGCGGCUCGUUCGUGGAAUUUACGUUCACUGAAUGACAAAGGGCAAGCUCAGAUCUGACUGACAAAGGGCAAGCUCAGAUCUAUGAGAUCCUUAGAGGGGCGAAGGCCCCCAUGCCCAUCUACCUUCUCCUCUCCCCUUCUACUACUACUUCGAUGUUGAGUGUAGUCCUGCCUCCGACUCUGUACAUAGUCAGACUCGUUUAGGUCGUUGCCGUGUGCGAGACUGCGAUUUUCCGCGUCCACAGACAAGGUCGGUGGUUGACACAAUAGUGCCGCCA